AUGACUGCACACAGCAUGGCCUCCACACAGUUGGCGGCUGGCAUGUCCAAACAGCCCUUUUCCGACCGAAAUGACGUGGAGAUGGUGCUUUUGUUCCCUGUUCCCCCUGCUGGUGGAAUUAAAGAGCUGAAGCUUGAGAAGGAAAAGAAGCUCUACAACCACUGCUUCUCUGGCAGUAGUGUCUUAGACUGGCUGGUCUCCCAGGAGAAAGUCCGAAACAGGCCAGAGGGGCUGGUGCUGGCCACCGGCCUGCUUAACGAGGGCUUCCUGCAGCCAGCCGGGGAGCUGUCCAAAUCAGGGGCAGAGGGGGGCACCGAAUCAGUCUUACUGGAUCAGCCUGAAGCUUUCUACUACUUUGCAGACAGUGGCUUCUUCUGUGAGGGGUACUCCAGCGAUGAGGAUUCGAUUGUGAAGGAGGAGUUUCGAGGGGCCGUCAUUAAACAGGGAUGCUUACUCAAACAAGGUCAAAGAAGAAAAAACUGGAAAGUUCGGAAGUUCAUGCUGAGGAAUGAUCCUGCAUAUCUUCACUACUACGAUCCGACAAAAAACGAGGAGGAUCCCCUUGGAUCCAUUCACCUGCGUGGCUGUGUGGUGUCUGCGGUGGAAUAUGUCCCAGAUGCUAAGAAGUAUGACGUGGACGGGAACCUCUUUGAGAUCAUCACCUCAGAUGAGGUUCACUACUUCCUGCAGGCCGCCACAGCAGAGGAGCACAAGGACUGGAUCAAAGCCAUACAGACUGUGUCAAAGACUGGGAAAUAGUGGGCAAGGACAGAUAACUGUCACUUUUCAUGGUCUCCUCAUACGUAUAUUACACAGAAGGCAAGGAAUUGUACAGUUGUAAUGAUACAAAACUAAAUAUAAACGUGUCUCUGCCUUCUUAGUUAUAUAAAGAACUAUGGCAAUGUGUCUCUGUAUUAAAUUCAUAUUAUCAAUUCUGUUACAAAAAAUACACAGUGUUGGACAUUUCCUGAUGACUUUGUCUGCAAUCUUCCUUUAAAUUAUGUAGUCGAAAAAACGACGACAGACAGGAUGUUAACAUUAACUAUUGUGCUUCAACGUAUCUUCAGUCCAGCCAUUUCCUGUUCCUUUGUUAACACAUAUCAUUUCCUGCCUCUCCUGUCUUGUCACUUUGUGGUGUACAGUUUUCAAAACAAUGAACUUCUAACUGCCUUUAACACAAUGUGACCUGAAUAGUUCUUCACAGAAGUAGUUUGUACAUGCAUAUGUGUGAUCCCCUAAUACCACUCAGCACAUGUCAAACAAAUAGUACAUCUCACAAGUCUCCUAUUAGUCAUCUCACAAGUCACUGAGAUGUACUAUUUGUCAUCAAUGGUGAGGUGGAAAAGAAAUGGUGGAUGACUUAAAAGAAGGCUUACAAUAGACUACACAGAAGAUGCAUAGUAAGGAGCGGAUGUGGUUGAGAAUGUUUGGUCAGCAAUAUCAGUCCGUUUUUAACUGACAUUCGCUAAAACUAUUGUACGCUAUUUUCACUUUCACAGCAGCAAGGCGAAACAUACACCUCCUCUGUGGAGUGUUGCUGUGGUUACGAGUGUUUUCAGUCUUACUUGUCACAGCUACACAUUGCCUUUGCUGUUACCACUGAGGUACAGGAUACCCAUAUAGAGCCCAAUAGUCUUCUCAUUUUUCAAACGACUGAGAUAGCAAACUGUGUAUCCAAAAGUAAGUAAGUCAAAAGGGUUACUAAUAAUAAUAUGUUGGUAGUCUGUUGCGGUAUGCAGUCCUGUGAUGGUACAAUUGAAAGAGGUCUAUUCCUGCCAUUGUUGUAUUAGCAGACCUCCAUAUCCCUUAAACAUUUAUUUUUGUAACUUUGUAACAUUUGUAACUUUGUAAACCUUAUACGGUGACUAUUCUCAUCAGUUGUAAUUAUUAGAUAUGACUCAGAAAACUCAGCACGUAGGUGACAGACUACUGAAAUAAGGAACUGAAAUAAGCAUUAAAACAGGGCAGUUUCAGUUCUCUAUAAUGUGUUCUUAAAUAGACUUACUCUUAAUAGGACAAGCACAUGGCAAAACAGUCUACAAUCUGCACAUUAAGUGAUUCCAUGUAUUAAUAAACAAUUGCACAUAGUUAUAUCAUCUGGACACACAAGUCUAUUAAAUACCUUUUUCUACUAA